UUUUAUAACGUAAUGACUGAACGGUCCCUUUAAUGGCUUUUCAUUGAUUGUAUUGGAUAUCACUUCACAAGAAAUUGAGUCCAUUUGAAGGUUAAGUGAUUUUUACCGAAACAUUGACCUCAAAGAUGACCACUAAAUGGGAUUUACCGAAACUCGAGUUGAAGGCACCGGUCAAUGUGUCACCAUUUCUUAGGUUCUGUAGAUGGAGUUUACUAUUAGCAGGAGUGGCCUAUGGAUUGAGACAUAACCAAACACUGGCGAAGAGAGAAAGAGAACAUCGGAUCCAAUUGAGAGAAAAGAAGAAGAUUUGGGACGAAGAACAGAGAAUUAUUAAACUUAAGGCUAAUAGAGAUGAAAUGUUAUAUUUAGCUGAAGAGACUAAGACACCGAUUCCCGCAAACUUUGAUCAAAUGUACCCGAAAUGAGUGUCUAUUUGGUCUCUAUAUAUUGUGGUCUUAAUGGCCACAUAUUUGACUUUUUUGUCUUGACUUGAAGUCAAUUUGUUUUUAG